CAUGUCACAGUCAGUCAGCCUAAAAUACCUUACAGAUACCACAACAGGCAAUUCAGAAAGUCUCUCUGCCUUCCCAGGAAGCCACCCCACUCCUGCACAAGUCACAUCUUCAAGAGCCAAUUCUAAGACUUCUUCCCUGGUCUGCUUGGUUACUACAAUAUUCAGCUCAGGAAAUUCCCCCAAAAGCUCUACCUUCCACAGCCAAAUGAAGUCUCUUCUCCACUUCAGGCAGUACCCAUCAUCCUAAAGUCCUAACUUCAAUCAAGACAAGCACCAUCUCCCUUCAUUUCUUGUUUCCAGUCUCAACAUCUAGGCCCUGCUUGUAUUCCCCUCCCCCACCCAGAACCCCUAAACUGACCCAAUUGGCAGGAAGUCCCAUCUCUGGCCACUGCUAGGGCUGGCAGGGGGAGGGCCAGUGACACUGACCUCUAACCUCUGCCCCUGCAGGGACCCUGAAGUGGCUAAUGGAGGAGAGCUGGUCCUGGGGGGCUCUGACCAGGCACACUACAUCCCACCCCUCACCUUUGUGCCAGUCGAAGUCCCUGCCUACUGGCAGAUCCACAUGGAGCGUGUGAAGGUGGGCUCAGAGCUGACUCUCUGUGCCCAGGGCUGUAGUGCCAUCCUGGAUACGGGCACACCUGUCAUCAUAGGACCCGCUGAGGAGAUCCGGGCCCUACAUAAAGCCAUUGGGGGAAUCCCCUUGCUGGCAGGGGAGUACAUCAUCCGGUGCUCAAAAAUCCCACAGCUCCCCGCAAUCUCCCUCUUCCUUGGGGGGGUCUGGUUUAAUCUCACGGCCCAGGAUUACGUCAUUCAGUUUGUUCAGGAUGACUUCCGCUUCUGCUUGUCCGGCUUCCUGGGUUUCGACAUCCCUUCGCCUCCAGGACCCAUGUGGAUCCUCGGCGACGUCUUCUUGGGGGCGUAUGUGGCCGUCUUCGACCGCGGGGACAUGAAGAGCGGCGCCCGAGUGGGCCUGGCGCGCGCGCGCGUGCGCGCGCACUCGCGGAGCUGA